CAUCCAGGUACGAUGCCGAGGGUUUGUUUGUUUUGUUUUCUCGAUCACUACCAAUGCUGAAACUUAUUGGAUCCGAAUUAUCCCCGUACACGGGGAAGGUCCGUGCAUACUUGCGGUAUAAACGUAUUCCUUUCGACCCCGUCCAGUCUUCAUUGGAGAUUAAUGAAGAGAUCCUGACGCCUGCAGUGGGAUGGAGAGUGAUUCCGGUGAUUGUCACACCAGAACAGAAAUACGUUCAAGAUUCCACUGAAAUCAUUCACUAUUUAGAGAAGCUCCACCCACAGCCAUCUAUAUACCCACAAUCACCAUGCCAACAAAUUGUGUCCAUGUUACUUGAGCUGUAUGCAGAUGAAUGGCUAGUCCUACCCAUCAUGCAUUAUAGGUGGUCCUUCAAAGAAAAUAUGCCUUUUAUCAAACAAGAAUUUGGAAAUACAGCAUUUCCAAAGGAAUCACCAGCCUCACAGCGGGAAUUAGCUGAGAUGGCAAUGGCUAGGUUCUCUAACAUGUUACCUGUUUUAGGGGUCAAUAAGGAAACCAAACCUGAAAUUGAGAGGGGAUACCAGGAGCUGCUAACUUGGCUAAGCAAGCAUUUUGAAGUUUAUCCAUUCCUACUUGGCUACAAACCUUGUAUUGCUGAUUUUGCAUUUCAUGGAAUGCUGUAUGCUCAUCUGUACAGGGAUCCCUAUCCAGGUUACAUCAUGAAGCAGCAAGCACCUCUUGUAUGCUCUUGGAUUGAGAAAAUGAACCAAUUUACCAAAGACAGGAUGUUGUACACACAUUCUGUAAAGGAUGGUAAGAUCGUACUAGAUCCACUUGAGGCCAGUCAAGAGGACUUCCUAACAGAUGACCAAAUCCCAGAAACACUAUUUCCGAUCCUCUCAACAAUAUUCACAGAACAAGCUCCUGAGAUUCUCGAUAACUGCAAUAUCUUAAGGGUGUACUUGAAGGAGCACCAUGAUGUAAAGAAACUUCCCCGAAAUCUUGGAAUGCAUAAGUUCAAAGUUGGAAAUGUGAUAAGUACUAGAGGGAGUAUGACAUAUCCAAUUUGGAUGCUGCAGUCCAUCACCGAUUACUACAACAGCUUGCCUGGAAAAGCACGAAAUCAAAUUGAUGCAUUCCUACACAAGUUUAAGGGCGCUAAAGAGUUUGUGAGUGUCGACCUUACAGACUGUAGAGUUGAAAGGAUCAACAAUUUCUUGUGUGCUGAACAAAUAAAGAAGUCAAAACUCUGAAAUUCUAUCUGAUGCCAAAAAUGUUAUCAAUGCAAGAUUUAUUUCGGCAAAUUUCAUUAAUUUUCCCCCAAAAAAUAUUGUGUAUUAAAUGGGGAAUGAUGCUGAUCUAAGUUUAUACAGUACAUGCACUCAAAUACCAAACGUGUUGUUUUAGUAAUGUAUAUUAAAUGAGUAAGGUAAGUUACUCUGAAUCGAGUGGUUGCGCCCGCCGCCUGAACUCUGAUUUUGGAGUUUCAACAUUUUUAAUACACAAACACCUGAAACAUGUGGGUACACCAUUAAAUCCUUAGUUCUUUUCUUAAAAUGCGUUUUUCAUCAAUUUGCAUCCGUUUGGUUCCCUAUCAAGGACUUCAGUUCAAAAGAUCUGCCUACUUGUUGACUCAGGAUGUACAAGAAGAUAUCCUUACAUUACAUUACAUUAAUGAAAUGUAAGGAUGUACAAGAAGAUAUCCUUACAUUUCAUUAAUGCUGAAUUGGAUUAUUCUUACACAGUUGUAACGUUGGGCGUAUUCCCGAAAUUAAUUUUUAAUCAACCCUCCGAUUUCGGAUAUUUUUCGUACUUAUAUGCGAAAACUCUGAAAUCGUAGUUCCAAAGCUUUUAAUCAAGCCAUCGUUUUUUGGAGUUUUGCGUAUUAUACGCGAAAACUCCGAAAUAAGCCUUUCAAAACUUAAUGAACCCCCCGAAUUUCGGAGGUUUUGCGUACUAUAAGAAAUUUUUUUUUAAUAGUAUGCAAAACCUCCAAAAUCAGGGUCGAUCAUGUUUAAAACUCUGAUUUCGGAAUUUUCGCGUAUAGUAUAUGCAAAAAAUCGGAGGGUAUAAGUAAAGUUUUGCUCUCUAUAUAAAAGAGACAGCUUGUUUAAUUAAUAGUACGCAAUACCUCCGAAAUCGGGAGGGUUGAUUAAAAGUUUGCUCUCUCUAUAGAAACAGCAUGUUUAAUUAAUAGUACGCAAAGACUCGGAGGGUGAGGGUUGAUUAAAAGUUUGAAACUAAACAAUUCGGGAUAUAAUUUGCAAAUACAGUUCUAUCACAUUUAUGCUGAUACACAAAUUUACCUUUCGUUUAACAUCCAUGACGCACCAUAUGUCUUUAGAAUUACUUUGAAAUUGCAUUUCUGAGUUGCGUGUAUGGAUGGCCUUAUGUUCCUGGAUGUAACUUGCACUCUAGUGACAAAUUGCUUCUACAUCAGCAAAAGUCACAUCGCUCAUUUGGGGAUAGAGCGUUUACUAUUGUAGCUCCACAUCUUUGGAAUCCUUUGCCUGUUUCAGUUAGACAUAUUAAGACUAUAAACAUGUUAAAAAAACAAAUAAAUAAAUAAAUAAAAGUUCAUGAUAAUGA